ACCAUUGACAUUGCAGUGGGGAACUGUCUUGACCGCGCAGCGCGGUUCCUUGGACUCCCCAACGACCCCGCUCCCGGUUACAACAUAGAACAGUGCGCCAAGCGUGGACGCCUCUUCAUUGAACUUCCUUACGUUGUGAAGGGGAUGGAUAUGUCUUUUAGCGGCCUUCUCUCCUUUAUGGAGGCACUUUUGCAGCAUCCACAAUUUAAAGACAGAGAUAAGUGUUCAUCCGCAUUGGCAUCCUCCGUGUCUUUGUCCACACAGCGGCGAACACUGCCCAAUGGAGUCUUGUGUGCUGUGGAUGAGCCUUUUGGCAUUGAUGAUAUCUGCUACUCCCUACAAGAAACAAUGUUUGCUGUGUUGGCGGAAGUAACAGAGCGAGCCAUGUCGCAAUGCGAAUCCAACGAGGUCCUCAUUGUCGGUGGUGUCGGAUGCAACCUUCGACUACAAGAAAUGAUGCGGCAGAUGGCAACGUCUCGUGGAGGCCGUUGCUUUGAUAUGGACGCACGAUACUGUAUUGACAAUGGCUGCAUGAUUGCCUACGCUGGCCUCCUGGAAUACAAAGCCGGCGGAUUUACAUCACUUCCGAACGCAACCAUCACGCAGCGAUUCCGAACUGAUGAAGUAAAUGUCUCGUGGCGAUGA